AUGCCAGCCAAACAACCCCAACCCAAAGGCAGUGGUGGAUCAGCACUCAAACGACUCAAGACCUCCUUGCGAUCAGCAGGCGUCGUCGGCAAUCAAUCGAAAUCGAGUCGAUCCAAGAAGCAAAGAAAGCGGGGUGUCCCCUCUGAAGUGGGCAAGAACUCGACAGCCGACAAGCUCAAAGUGAUUCGAGACGAAUUCAACCCUUUUGAGAUCAAGCAACAACGCACCAAGUUCGAUGUCAUGGGUCGUAAAGUGAAGGGUGUCGGUGGCAAGCCUGCAUUGAAUAAGCAAAUUGGCGAGGAGAACCGUAAAAAGACGUUGCUACAAGAGAUGCAAUCCAAGGGUCAUGUGGGUGGUAUCAUUGACAGACGUUUUGGUGAGAACAAUCCCAACUUGACACCUGAAGAAAAAAUGUUGGAACGUUUCACUCGUGAAAAGCAGAGAGCUGCCAAAGCUACGACAUCCUUGUUCAAUCUUGAAGACGAUGAUGGUGAAAUGGGCUUGACGCAUUAUGGCCAAUCGCUUGCAGAAAUGGAUGAUUUUGAUGACACUGGCUUGCGACUAAGCGAUGAUGAAGAAAGUGGUCAACUCAGCAAAGAUUUGGUCUCACAAAUGCAUUUCGGUGGUUUCGACGAUGAUAAGCAAGUGGACGAUGAUGGCAAACCAAAAUCGAGAGCCGAGAUCAUGAAGGAGAUUAUCGCCAAGAGCAAAUAUCACAAAUACGAGCGUCAAAUGGAAAAGAGAGCCGACGAGGAUAUGCGUGAAGAUCUUGAUGAGGAGUUGAAGGACAUUCGUGAAUUAUUGGAUACAAAGCCAAAGCGUAAACCUCUCGUGUCACAGAGUGCUUUGUUUGCCAGACAAUACGCCGAAGCUGACGAGAAGGAGCAAGAGAAAGAAGAAGAGGAGAACAGCAACAAGUAUUCAGAUUACGACCAAUUGUUGCAGGAGUUGGCACGUGACAAGCGAGCUAUGGCAACCGAUCGCACCAAGACUGAAGAAGAGAUUGCAUUGGAUGAAAAGGAGAAAUUGGAAAAGGCUGAGCGUGCAAGAAAGCGACGUAUGGAAGGUCUCGAUUCAGAAUCUGAAGAUGAGGGCAAGUUCAAGAACAAUCGCAAGAGAAGAAAGGGUGAACAACCUCAGGGUGACGAUCUUGAUGAUGACUAUCUUGAAGAACUCGAUGAGGAGGUGAAUCGCUUGGGUGCUGGUCUUACUCUUGAAGACAUCCAGAAUGCUGUUGCUGAUGAAGAUGAAGAAAGCGGUGAUGAAGAUGAAGACAACGAUGAAGAGGAUGAAGAUGAAGAAGAAGGAAGCGAUGAAGAGGAUGACGAUGACGACGAUGAAGAAGAGGAAAUGGAAAGCGACUAUGGCGAAGAUUUGGAAGGCGAAGAUGACGAAGUACCAACCUUUGAUGACGAUGACGAUGAUAUGAAUGAGAUGGGCACCAAUGGCAUUGUCAAGAAAGCAACAAAGAAAAAGUCAACAAAGAACACCACAUCAGAAGAGGGCGAGAUUCCUUAUACCUUUGAAUGUCCAACCACACACGACGAAUUCCUUGAGAUUGUAUCAGGUCUUGCUCUUGAACAUACGCCAACGGUCGUCAAACGUAUUCGCAUCUUGUAUCAUAUCAAGUUACAUCCUGAAAACAAGGCCAAGAUGGCCACUUUCCUCAACGUUUUGGUGGACCAUAUCGCUUAUCUCGCAUCAACAGCUUCUCCUUUCCCCAGUACAAUUAUCGACACUUUGAUUGGCCACGCAUUUGAAAUCUCUCAAAAACUCCCCAAUGCUGCAGCAGAUGUCUUUUUGGAAAAGUUAAAGACGAUGCAUUCGACAAUGUCUCAAAAGAUGAAUCACAGCAGCAGUUCCGCUUUCCCGGAUGUGGAGGAUAUCACAGUGUUACGAUGCUUAGGCAAAGUGUUUCCAACAUCUGAUCUGAUGCAUCCAGUUGUUACACCAGCCAUGUUGUAUAUGAGCCAAACGCUGUCACUUUGCAGAGUGCGAUCGGAAAUUGACAUUGGCCGAGGAAUCUUUGUGUGCCUAUUGUUUCACGAGUAUCAAUCUGUAUCUAAGCGAUUUAUUCCUGAAGCCUUGAACUUUUUGCAGCGUGCCAUUGUUCUCUUAUCACCCAAGGAUGUCUUUGUGGAUCAAGUGCCGGGCACCUUUCCCAUGCCAGAUGAAGUCACCAAGUUACAUAUCGCCGAUACCAAUGGCUCCGAUCUUGAGACAAUACCUGACCUGGCCUUAGGACGACUGUCAGUGGAGACCGUCGAGAAGGAAGAGCGAAAUACAUUGCGAUUAUCAAUGCUACAAAGUAUUGUACGGUUGUUGACACGCUAUAUUCAAUUAUACGCUUCCACACCAGCCUUGGUGGAAAUCUUUGAACCAAUGCAGGCAUUGAUUGCGCAAACAUUGACGGUAUCAUGGCAUGAUGACAUUCAGACUUUACUCAAUACACUUCAAGACCGACUUGCCCGACAAAUCAAGUUUUGCAAAGAUAAGCGAGCCAAAAUGCCAUUGCGGAUGCAACACCACCGUCCCAUACCCAUUGCACAACACCUACCCAAGUUUGAACAACGCUACUCGCUUGACAAGCAUUAUGAUCCUGAUCGUGAGCGUGCUCAACGCAACAAGCUUGAAGCUCAAGUCAAGAAGGAGAAGAAGGGUGCCAUUCGUGAAUUGCGCAAGGACGCUCGUUUCAUGUCUCGUGAGAAGGCUAAGCAACGCAAGGAGAAGGAUGAAGAGUAUAACAAGAUGAUCCGAGGCGUUAUGACCAUGCUUGAAACGGACCAAGCUGAAAAGAAUCGUUUGGAGCGACAAAAGAGAAAGUAA